CCUGUAGCGUGACUGAUUGGUAGAGAAUUGCACACUUUUUUGCAGUAACAGGGGAACCUGCCCAGUGGUCACUAGACCGAUAUAAUUGAUCCCAGUUCAAUAUUCGUCACAGUAAUGGUCAUUUUUGGUGCGUAGACAUCUGUGUGUAACAUAGUAUACCAGCAUACACUCUGCACGAAACGGCGUGUCAUGCUUAUGUUAGGAGUUCCUCAAGGCUAUUAAGGACACAUACACACACAAACACACACACAUACUCCCACUUAAAGUCUGUCGUGAUUACUCUAGCUCUAAACUCACAAAUUGCGUGUUUACAAGUGCCUUGUUCUCAGUGGUGUGGAAAUCUAGUAAAAUCUUCUGAUAAUAUAAUUGCAAGAGUGUGAAUUGUGUGACUAUUUAACAAAAAGCAAGUAAAAAAUGCGCAAAAGUUUCUUCGGUGCAAACAAGUUUCUGUACAGCUGCUUCAGCCUAUGGACAAAGCCACCGAAAACAGAUCUAACUUUCGGUGGUCUCGGAAUAAUGCGGUGUGAACCACGGCCUGAUGGUGGCCUGGCCUAUAUCGUAGCCAGACGCACGAUUAUGGCUAACUUUACCCUUAAAUAAAAUCAAAACUACUGACGCUAGAGGGCUGCAAUUUGGUAUGCUUUAUGAUUGGAGGGUGGGUGAUCAACAUGCCAAUUUGCAGCCCUCUAGCCUCGGUAGUUUUUAAGAUCCGAGGGCGGACAUAAAAAGCGCGGACGGACGGACAAAGCCAUCUCAAUAGUUUACUUUUACAGAAAACAAAAAAAGGGUCACUUUUGGUAUUUAGGUUAAGGACAGCAAGAAAAAUAACCUAACAUCGCAGACAAUAUCAUUGUUAUUAUUAUUAUUAUUGUUCUGUCCAAAGAUCCAGUUGAAAGAAAUUUGUAAUCUCGACGAUUACUGUGAGAUUAACCAGAUAAGUUAUCGAGCAAGAAGAGGAUUCCAUUAGAUAAUCGUCAUGCAAGUGUAGGACUCUGAAGAAACCGGCACCACCACAAACAUCGUCAAGGACCCCAGAGCCCAGGGAGAACUGGUGGAGGUGGACCCCUUAUUCCUCGGGCGAGACGUCAUUCUGAAUCUGCCCUUCGCGCCCCUGGGUCUGGGGGACAAACAGCUGCUGAGGAUUAUAGGAGAACGCAGGAAAUUAUCAAAAAGUGCUGAGAAGAGGAGAAGGAGGAACUUCCCCUCCGUCGUGAAGGACAUGGAACGCGAGAACGACCCGCUGAUCCACAGCAGGAAGAAGCAAGGAAAAUGUCUGCUCUCCAACUGUCAGAUCGUCAUAUUCGGGCUGGGCCUGGUCCUGGCUGCCUUCUCCAUCGGCAUGAUGGCUGGGGGGUGUCGUGCUAUCUUCUCUACAGUCAUGAAGAGCGAGAUGGAGGUGGUUGAAGGCUCGUUAUCUUACAAGAUGUGGAAGAAGACUCCCAUUCCUUUGGUUCUAAAGUUAUACAUUUGGAACAUCACAAACCAUGAAGCUUUCAUUCAGGGCGAGAAACCUGUGCUGCAGGAGUGUGGCCCUUAUAUUUGGAGAGAAUUCCAUGAGAAGAAGAAUCUGACUUUCCACCAAAACAACACAGUUACUUACAUGCAACAACGUUGGUGGAUCUGGGAUGAGAAGCUCUCUGGUAACCGUUCGCGAGAUGAUAUUGUCUAUACACUAAAUCCUGUUCCUAUUUCUGGUGCCUGGGCUGUUCGAAACAAUGCAAUUUAUAUUGCACUGCUGAACAAGGUGUUCAAUGAAGUGAAGGAGCAAGUUGUGCGUCGCACUACGGUAGACGAAGUUCUGUUCUCUGGUUUUGAGGACCCUGUACUAGACUGGAUUCAGAAGAAUGUCAUUGCAGAGAAUGGGACCUUUCACCCAUUACUCCCCCUCAUGAACCUUCCCUCUGGUAUUGCACAAUUCCACAGAUUUGGAUGGUUUUAUAUGAGGAACAUGACCCUCUAUUAUGAUGGAAUUUUCAACAUGAUGACUGGCUCAGAUGAUAUCAGGAAUGUGGGUCGGAUUGAUAUGUGGAACUACACGAGAGAGACCAGUUUCUUCAACCCGCCUUGCAACAAAGUCACCGGGUCUACUGGCGAGUUUUUUGAGCCUGGUCUCGAAAGGGACAAGAUAGUGUUCUACACUUCAGACCUUUGCAUGAGUUUGUCGUUGCACUACCAGAAAGAUGUGAAGUUGGAAGGAGUGAAAGCCUAUAGAUUUUGGGGAAGUAACCACACAUUUGCCAAUAGUACUAUGGUUCCUGAGAAUGAGUGCUUCUGCGUUGCUGGCACGUGUGCUCCAAUGGGCUUAAUCAAUGCUGAGUCGUGCAGGAUGGGUGCUCCAGCCUUUGUAUCCUUCCCGCACUACUUCAAUGCUGAUCCUUUCUUGCUAGACCAAGUCAAGGGGCUCUCGCCCAACGAAGAAAAGCACGCAUUUGUCAUGGACAUUGUGCCGGAAGUAGGAAUUCCCGUCAAUGUCAAAGCUAGAUUGCAGAUCAAUUUGAGAGUGAAGCCUUACCCUGGUGAAGGUAUCAUGAACACAAGGAAAAUAGAUAUCCUGAAGGCUGUACCAGACAUCUACCUUCCGAUGCUGUGGUUUGAGGAGACAGCCGAUGUUCCCCACAACAUGACCAGACAACUGAAGGGACUCCAGUUUGCCCUGUCAACCCCAACCAUCACGAUAUGCCUGUCAUUUCUUCUGCUUGUUGGGAUCAUCAUCAUGACGUGUAUAGUCUACUUGGCAUACAAAGUGAAGUACAGACCAGACGAGGAAUUCGAUGACCGGUUCCCCCAGAGUAUUUAUGGGAGCACCAACUGAGAAAUGUGAUUGUGAUUUGGUUUUGCUCACUACAAAUGUACAAGAGUUUACUGCAUUGUUAUUCUGAAGCUUCUGCCAUGAUUUUUGAGACUUCACAUGUGUGGGAAGUCCAAAGUGCCAAAAAGAGUUGUUAAAUGUAAGUGAAUGUUUUAUAUUCACUUGGUAUAAAUUCCUCAUUUUCGAGGAGAUUGUUGAUCUUGAGUGAAUGGUGCGGAGUUGAAUGGAAGCAAAGUGUGUGCGCGCGUGUGUGUGUAGAUUUUUAAGAGAGGAGGAGAAUAUCAUGCCUUAAGUUAAACUGAGAUUUGAUUAGCUUUACUAGGACAUAAGAUAAUCCUAUCCUAUAUCAAGAAUAGUUUGUGGUGUUUUAAGAAGAAUUGUUAAUAGCAAAUGAUCUUUGAAUGUAACUGUUGUACAUAUUAUUUGCCUUUUAUUGUAAUUUAGUCUAUUGUCAGAUUCCUUAUAAUUGGUUACUUUCCAUUUGGAAAACUGUUUCGAAACCGUUUCAUGUAAUCCAUAUUACUCCAUCAAUUUGAAUCAAAUUCCCUCUUUUAUUUUGCUCAUUCUUAGACCACUUACUUUUCUUUCAAAUAUGAAAAUAUAUUUCCAUUUCCAUGUACAUCUAUUAGUUUUGACAUCCCAUGUACUUUAUAUUUCAUUAUGUAUCAUUCACUUAGUCUAAAUAAAUCUUGACCAGGAUCUACUCUUGUAAUGAGAAGAUGUUGGAAAGAAUACCAGUACAUUAUUUCCAUAUCUCUAAUUGCAUUUUUUCUGUGGUAUCGGCUCUUCUCUGGAGUCGUCUUCACAUCGGUAAAUCAAAGAAUCCGAAGCUUAUCUUAAAAUAUCAGCUCUGGUGAGCUUAUUCAUGAGAGCUAGUGCAUUUUUUCCAUAAACCAAUUGUCAGAAUAUAUUGUAUGUGGUAAAUACAAACCUUGAACUGGUGCAGGAAUAAGUGCUCAGUCAUAGGACACUUGGUAUAGUAGUUCCAUUUGUUGUAUGUAUUAACUGGCUAAAUGCCAGUUAAUACAUAGCCUAGACAUUCGCUAUUUUGGUUGUUGACAACACAUCUUUUGUAUAUGGCUGCAUAAAUAUGCAGGCUACCUCCUGCUAUUGUUUUUCUGAAUCUGUCUUGUUAAGGGAAUGUAAUUUAUCUGUAAUAAAGUAUCCUGGAACAGAUUUUGACCUGGUCAGGUUUCUUAAGGUCAGACUGUAAAUGUGUGUCCAGGUUACGAACAAAUACUAUGAAAGAGGCUUAAUUUCAAAUAUAAUCCUGUACUGCAUUAGUUUCAAUUUUCAAGGGUACAUACUUAAAAGCAAAGAAUUCCUUACUUUGCACAAGAUAUUUAAGAUGGAAUUUGAUUUUUAUUUACUAUCUGUAAAACAAUAAACACAAUUUGAAUUUUGUGUA